AUGGUUGAAAAUGAAAGAUUUUACACUGAAUUCUCGACUCAGUUAUUUUCACUAAACAACCGCAUGCAUUUAUUCAACUCACUUGAAGGUAUAACAACAGAUCAUUUUCUUAUGACAAUGGAAGACAACAGGUCAGAAAUAACCCACAGAAAAUCAUGUUUAACCCACAUAUUCUUGAUUCAUACUGAAUCUUAUCAUUUGAAUUAUUUUAAAGAGAUACUUGUAAAUUCGAAUAUUACAGAAAGGUAUUAUUGGAUUUUCGACGAAAUUCCUGAUAUACCAGUUAGUGAUUUGCUACAUCUUAUUGCGUCAUCAAAUUCUGACAAAAUAAAACUGGGCUUUUUUCGACAGUUUCCUGUUCUCAACUUCGAAGACCUAACAGAGCAUAAAUUACAGAAAGGCUCACGUUUACUGAUUAAGUCUGCACUCGACGGCUUAACUAAUAUUUUACCAGAUCCACCAUUUAUUGUAACUGGUCAAAUAAUUGAAGGUAGAGAGUUAAUCAAUGCUACAGGAUUUGUUAUUGACAUACUAAAUGAACUGGCUACACGCUUCAACUUUAAUUACCGUCUUUUUCUACCACAGAAUGGUACAUAUGGCGCGUUAAAUGAAAAAGGAGAAUGGGAUGGUGUGAUGGGUGAACUAGUCAGUGGAAAAGUAGAUAUGAUAGCUGCAGGUUUGACAAUUAAUCCGAGAAGAUCAAAUUAUGUUGAAUUCAUUGGUCCGAUUGUUGAAGAUACCCUUGGAGUGCUUGUAAAGCCAUCAAGAGCAAAUGAUUAUUUCUUUCAAGUAUUUUAUUUAUUUAAACUUGAUGUAUGGAUAGCAAUUACAUGUUCAGUGGUUGUCAAUGGGAUUACUGUUUGGCUGUUGAAUAGAUACAGUCCAUUUAGUGGAUGGAACUCACAACAUCCAGAUGCUUAUGCAAAUGAGAUAUCAUCAGUGCACAAUUUAUGGAUUUCUCUGCGUUGUAUGCUUCUUCAAGGACAAGAAGGUCAGUUAUUCAGUUGUUCAUCACGUGCUUUAUGCUUACUGUAUUGGUUCAUGAUUUUGACUGUGCACGCAAUUUGGCAAGCUGAUUUAACGGCAUUUCUGACAAAGAACAGACUUGAAUUACCAAUCAAAUCUUUGAAGGACUUGGCUACCAGUGACAAAAUGACAAUAUUAACCAUAAAAGGGACUAGUACGUAUAAUAUGUUCCAAGUCUCCGUAAAUAAUCCAGUUUAUGAAUCUAUAUAUAAAAAGUUGGUUGCAAAUCCUGUUACCGUGUACCGCACAGCUGAUGCAGUGAAGCUUGUCAAACAAUACGACAAUUAUGUCCAUAUAACUGAGAGAUUAUUACUUUUGGGUGUAGUAGAAUCACAAGAGAGCUACGACCUUAUAGUGAUAGAAGAGCCUAAUGUGGUAGCGCCGCUUGGAUUCGCUGCACAACUCGGAAAAGAAUAUACUCAAACUAUGUCUUCAUACAUAUUAACUUUAAGGGAACGAGGCGUAAUUGACAAAUUUAUGGUGAGAUGGAACAUGACUAAUGAUGCCAGUCCUAUGGAUGUUCAGUAUCAAGCGUUGACCUUAUGGAAUGUAGCUGGUGCAUUUAUUGUCACUUCAAUAUUUACUGGUACUAGUCUACUUUUCCUGAUAAUCGAACGUGUAUGGAGUAAAUGGAGAACUAUAAAGCAUAAUAACAGUAAUAACAUAUAG